GUUGUUGAAUAUUACAUCAAAACUGUUGCACACUGUUCAUUCCGUUCCUAAUAUUACGUUGUACGAUGUACACAGAAUUCAAGAACAAAUCAUGUUGAUGACUGUAAUAUUCUAUCAAUUUUUACCAGUUAUAGAUGUUCAAUACUUUACCAUGAAUAUUAUUGAUUGAUACAUAUUAUUUUUCUCCUUCUGUGCAAAUAAUGAAGCGAUGAGCGGUGGUAGAAAGAGCACUAAUAAGUGAUGCAUUACCUUGUUUAAACACUUGUUUCCAGCAAAAGAAAAAGCACACUAAAACAAAUCCCUAAAAAAAGUCUUAGCUUCUAAGAAUGUUUCCUACCGAUCCGUAUUUCUGCAGAAUUCAAUCAAUUCUAUAGAUCUUCAGAAAAUUUCGUAGAACCGACAUCACUGACAUCCAUCUGUUUUGUUUUUAUUCAACACAGCUGAUGCGUUGACAGAACGUGGGAAAAGCAACUAGUGAAAAAAUUGCAUGCACGAGGGAUGCUCCGGUUGCAAAUCAUUGGUUGGGAAUGUGGAUGAUAGAUGGUGCUAGUGCGCAUGCAAAAUACGCCUGACGAUAUUUUUUGAAGAAUUUUCUUCUAAGAGGCUGUUGGAUCAGAUCGAAACAUGUCGGAAACAGUUCUGGAGCAUCGGGCAAAUUUUCUCUACAUACUAAUACAAAUGUAUCACUGCGACAUAGUUUCAAUUUACGAGAAGUUUAUUUCCACAGAGCAUGAAAAACAGUUUGUAGACAAAAUGUUCAGCAUAAUGGAAAGCUACUUACCAUUGUUACAAUUCAAUGGAAACAUUUUUCAAAACGUUUCGAGCCUUAAGAUCCCGAAGAGUGCAAGUAACCUUUAUUUGGAAACAAAUCAAAUAUUGCAAAGUUUUCAACAAACUAAAGGUGUGCUAGGAGGAACUAUCCUAUAUCACAAUAAAGUUGUUGCUAGCCAAUUAUCAGAUAACCUUACGAAAAUAUUCACUUUAUCGGAUUUGUAUCGACUCAAGUCGUCGGAAUACAUCGCAGCAAACUACCAUAUACCGAUUGGGGUAACCCUCAUAAAUGCAUACAUACCAGUGAAUGAAUAUGUAGAGCUUGUUCGAUCGUCAUCGCAAUCGCAUAAUUUGUUCAUCAAUUCCACUGCAAAGGACAUAAUUCCAUUCCAAGUACGCAAGAAAUCUUUUUCGAAAGAUGCACAUUCCUUGAUAAAACGGGAUAAAUCUUUAAUUUUUACACAUAUUCCGGAAGAAGACCUAGACGAUGGAGCUGGAGCGAUAAAGCCAAGUCACAAAAGAAAGCCAACCUUCAGUAGGCCAACGCAUUUACCUUUGUUGUUCAAAAACCCAGCAUCUCUAGACAUAACGGAAUCUGGGUUUAAUUCCAUUAAUUUUGAUGAAACUGAUAGCUUUCCAAAUUUUAUUGGUAAAACCAGCGUUUGUUCAACCCCUAUGGCAGAAAAUAAAGUAUUACCCCACGGUAAUGUGCUAUCAAUUUGUGCGGCGAGUGAAGAAACUAACAUAGAAGAUCAAUCAGAUGAUCAACAAGAAGAUAAACGGGAAAAAUCACAUUCGGCAUGCGAAGAGAAAGCCACCCAGAAACUGCUUAGUGAAAUACCGGAACAGGUUGAUAAUAACUGCUUCAUCAACUUUAUUAGCAAUCCACACAAAACUAUUCAUGUUAGAUCUUCUAUGUCUAAUAUCAGUAAGUUUGAUAGUUCAACGGAAACUGAUGAUAGCCAUAAUCCAUACGAGAUUAAUUCCGAAGAAAAAGUAAUAUUGAAGAUGAAAAAAUUCAGAAACAGGGAUUUUUGUAGAACCAUUGCUGAUCCUGCUUACCCCAUCUUUAAUAGCGAUGGUUGCGCCAUAUCGUACAGUCUUUUUAAAGAGUUCCUGGACCAACAUUAUAAUGAUAUGAAAAAAAAUUCCGCUAUUGAAGGUGAUACACAACCUAAGGUGGAAAACUACAUAGUUCCGGAAACAAACGAAAGGACAGCUAAUGUAAUAGGCUCGCUCAUCCGUAUCGAUUCUACAAAAAAUCGACAUGAUCUAAACUUGCCUCUCAAAGCGCUGGACCUUAAGGGAACAGAACCAACCCAAGCAUGUAAAAUGUUCGAUUCUCCAAUUCGUCGCAAAAAGCUAUCGGGUUUACAACUUACCCCUCUGAUGUCUAAGCUGACUAUAUUGGCUAUGAAUGAUCAACAAUCGAGUGGAUUUUCAAGCUGGGAUACAACACCUGGAUGUAAUUUCAAUAACCCUAUGACACCUUUGGAAUAUCAACCGAAGCGUAGGAAAUCGAAGAUAUUUUCUACUGGUGGAUCGGCGAGUGACGGAGAGUGUUUAACGGAUUGUGAAACGAGUAAAUCGGUAAAAGUUGAACUGUUCAUAUGUGUCCAACAGAACAUGACAUUGGUGUUAGUAUUGCAAGAAAAAAGCAGCGAAAUGGAGGUCAUGAUACAUUCAUUGUUCGAAACAUGUGUGUCCAAAUUAACCAGAAUCGAAAACAGUUUACAUCAAGUAAUGAGCAUCAACGUUGAAGGAUUCGAUAAAGGAGAUGGUGGAUAUAGUUUCAUUUGUUUGGAUUCCAAGUGGGAUGUUAACAAUAGAUGUGGCCCUUGGACACCACGUGAUAUUCUAACAUUGAACUUGAUACACAACAAUUUCCAUUAUAAUCGUAAACUUAUCGAGAUCAUUUUGAAAUCCCAAGAUGCCGUCAUUUAUUCUUAUCGCUGUGGUAGAUCCGAAAUUUACUAUCAACAGUCAUCAAUCGUAUUACCAGGAUUACCACCACCUCAAGAUACGAUGGGAACUGUGUCACUAUGUGCUAAAAGAAGACUUGAGCGUGACCAUAGAAUUUUACUGUUGUAAAAUGUGAAAAGGUAUCUAGCAGUACGCAGAGUCCCGUAAUUAAAAGGUGUAAGGUGCCCACUGCACAGUGGUCCAGAAACCGAAUUUAGAUGGAAUAAAUUGUUGGAGCCUAAAUAGUUACUUUUAAAUAUAUAGAGUCUUCGGGAAAGUUUUUUCAUUUAUUUUGGCCAAGACAUUAGUUAGUUAGAUGAGUUAUAAAUAUCAGCUUUUUAGUAAUUUGAUAGAGACCGGGGUAAUGUAGAAAAAGUUAUUGAAAACAACUUUGCUGAAAUAAGCAAUUUUCUAUCUCUAAUGUUUAUAUGUAAAAAUGGCGAGAGUGGACUUUUAUGCUAUUAGUUGCAGUUAUUAUUUAUUGUUAUUGUUAUUGCUCAGCUCAAACCCUGGCCGACUAUCGCCCGCCCAUCUGCACUUAAGCUAGGUAUGAACCUACGGAAAUUUUGGUCGUGACCUAUGCUAGACCGUAUAGCAUAACGACUUUCUUCCACCAGCAGGCCUGUUGCUCCCGUAGGCAGUCCCCAGUCAGAUUUGUAGGGGAUAGUAAGAGAAUAAAAGAAUAGAGAAGAGCGAUAGAGUAUUUGUUGUUUUUCUGAAAAGAGAAGAACAAACACAGCUCGCCGA